GGCUAGCAGACGGGAAUUGAUCGUUAAUCUCCGCACGUUCAUCGGAAAAUUCGUACGCUAGCCGAAUCUGCUUCCUCCAUCUUCUUCCUUUCUUUGAAUUUCUUCCUCGCUACGAAGCUAAUCGUCCCGCAUUCUCCGGUUGGUGUUUGCUCGUCAAGUAGGCUAAUCAUUUGUCUAAGUAAAAAUGGAGACUGAUGCUGCUGGCUCUUCAUCUCAGUCUCCAGCUAUACUAUUGGAGAAAGAUGAGUCCGUUGCUGGUAAUUCUGAAUCUUCUGAAAAAGUUAUGGGCGUUAAAGAAGAUCCCGUGAACUCUGCAGGAGAAACUCAUGAAGACUCCACUAGUACAGAAGCUUCAACUACAAAGGUUGAGACUCAAACACCUGCUAAAACAGAGGAUAUAGUUCCAUGCCCGCCAGGUUCCUCCCCACGCGAAUCACCGCCAUCUCUAUUUUCUUCCUCUGGUCUUUCUUCUUGGGCCAAAAGUUUCAAAUUCCCGCAGCAAGAUCCAAACGCUGCAGACUCUGGGAUGUCGUCAGCUUUCACGAGGUUCACCUCUGAGCUUGGUCUGCAUUUGCCGACGAAAGGCUCUGACGAGGCCGGUGACCCUAAAUCACCAAACACACAAGUUGGUGGUGCUCUUGAGUCGCUCACGAAAGCCGUGGUCGAUUCAUCUCGUGGUGCUGUAAAAGCAAUGCAGGUGAAAGCACGACACAUUGUCUCUCAGAACAAAAGAAGAUACCAGGAGGGGGAAUUCGAUUUGGACAUGACAUAUAUAACUGAGAAUAUAAUCGCAAUGGGGUUCCCAGCUGGUGAUAUAAGCUCUGGUCUUUUCGGAUUCUUCGAGGGACUAUAUCGCAAUCACAUGGAAGAGGUGAUCAAGUUUUUUGAAACUCAUCAUAAGCACGCCAGAUCUCUAAACCGUGUUCUCAUUAUGCAGGAUAAAUAUAAGGUCUACAACCUUUGUUCAGAGAGAUUGUACGAUGCUUCAAGAUUUGAGGGCAAGGUCGCAUCCUUCCCAUUUGAUGACCAUAAUUGCCCUCCAAUUCAAUUAAUACCAUCAUUUUGUCAAAGUGCAUACACCUGGUUGAAGGAAGACAUCCAAAAUGUAGUGGUAGUUCACUGUAAAGCCGGAAUGGCAAGAACCGGACUAAUGAUUUGCUGUCUUCUUCUAUAUCUCAAGUUCUUUCCUACAGCUGAGGAAGCUAUUGAUUACUAUAACCAAAAGCGAUGUCUUGACGGGAAAGCUCUUGUUCUCCCAAGUCAGAUACGAUAUGUCAAGUACUACGAACGUAUUCAGAAUCAGUUUGACGGGAAAGUUCCACCUGAACGAAGAUGCAUGCUCAGAGGCUUUCGUCUAAUCAACUGCCCUUACUGGAUUAGACCUGCCAUUACCAUCUCCGACCACAAUGAUGUACUUUUCUCAACAAAGAAACAUCAGAAAACCAAGGAUUUAGGGCCUGAAGAUUUUUGGAUAAAGGCACCGAAAAAAGGAGUGGUUGCCUUUGCAAUACCUGGUGAAGCUGGUCUAACGGAACUAGCCGGCGACUUCAAAAUCCACUUUCAAGACAGCGAUGGAGAUUUCUACUGUUGGCUAAAUACUACACUGACUGAUAAGAGAACAAUGCUGAAAGGUAUCGACUUUGAUGGCUUCGAAAAGAGAAAACUACCUGCACCAGGGUUCCAUGUCGAGAUUGUAAUGAUAGAAUCCAAAUCUGGUUCUUCUUACUCCACCGAACAACGACCUCAAAGCAGCUCCGGCACUGAUUCAGGCAAAAUCAAGUCUAAACAGAACAGAGACGAUGAUGUAUUCUCCGACAGCGAUGGGGAAGAAGAGGAAGGAAACUCGAAACAUAUAGAGUCUAAUUCAACCACCGAGAAAACCGUAGGCUCGAUGCACACAACUAGUAAACCUCAUCAGGUCAAUGAGCCACCAAAGGCCGAUGACCAUUCUGCAAACAGAAGUGUCACGAGUUCAUCGUCCUCUGGUGUUUAUAAUCAAGUACCGAGUGAGUCAUUAGCAGUUAGUAAUAUUAAAGCUAUCGCUGCAGACGCAUCGGUUUUCUCCUUUGGAGAUGAGGAAGAUGACUAUGAAAGCGACUGAAGUUUAAAAUUCAGGUUUUGGUCACACUUAUCUUAUACAAACAAGUAUAAUAGAUUCUGUAUUGCCGCCUCUGUUUCAAUGUAGAUUUUUUUUAUUAAAAAAUUUGUAACAAUUUCCUACCAAAAUGUUUUAUAUAACAUGAAGUCACCUAAGUUUUAAUGAAAUUGCAAAUAACGAAACAUAUGUUCU